CUCACAAUGUCUGUAGUAGAAGAGCAAUUCACCCAGCCCCAGAAAUACGUUGGUUUCGACACCAUCACCACUCAAAUCGAGAACCGUUUGUUGAAGAGAGGCUUCCAGUUCAACGUAAUGGUAGUAGGUAGAUCUGGUUUAGGUAAAUCGACGUUGGUCAACACCUUAUUUCUGUCAAAGUUGGCAACCUCUAAUGGCCGUAGAUCUGUGAGCGAGCCUAUUGAGAAGACCACUGAGAUCAAAGUCACGUCCCAUACAUUAAUAGAAAACAACGUUAGAUUGAACAUCAACGUGAUUGACACUCCAGGAUUUGGUGACCAGAUCAAUAACGAGAAGUGCUGGGAACCUUUGGUCAAAUAUAUCAAGGAACAACACUCUCAAUAUUUGAGGAAGGAGUUAACCGCUCAAAGAGAAAGAUUCAUUCCAGACACCAGAGUCCAUGCCAUUUUAUACUUUAUCCCACCCAACGGCACCAAGUUGAAACAGUUAGAUGUGCUAGCAUUGAAGAAGUUGUCGGAGAUUGCCAACGUUAUUCCAAUCAUCGCCAAGUCAGACUCGUUGACUCUUGAAGAGAGAUCAAACUUCAAGAAGCUCUUGCAGAACGAAUUCGUAAAGUACAACUUCAACAUCUAUCCAUACGAUAGCGACGACUUGUACCCAGAAGAAAGACAGUUGAACGAAGACAUCAAGUCGUUGAUUCCAUUUGCUAUCGCUGGCUCUGAAAACGAUAUCCAGAUCAACGGUGAGCUCGUUAAGGGUAGAAAGACUAAGUGGGGAGCCAUCAACAUCGAAGACGUCAGCCAAUGUGAGUUUGUCUUCUUGAGAGACUUUUUGACCAGAACCCACUUGCAUGACUUGAUCGACACUACUUCUGUCGUUCACUACGAAGGCUUCAGAUCUAAGCAGUUGAUUGCUUUGAAGGAAAAUGCCCUGAACCCAAACAGACAAUCGGCUCCUCUCCCUCCUCAACCCCCUACUGCCCAACCUUCGCAGCAAGAUCUCAAGAGUACUGCUUCGAACGGCAACAUCUACCAAUCCAGAUAGACCAUCUAUUGUUUAGUUUAAUCGUAAUGUCUUAGCUUUGAAUCAAUGUUACUGUACCAACUAUAUUACGAUUAU